GCGACGCCGUGCCGCUUUCAUGGCGGCACCGGAAGGCGGGCAGCACUGCCUCCCGUCCAAGUCUGCCUCUUGCUCUGCCUCUCCUGCGAACGUCAGAUUACACCAGGGACGUGCAUGGACAGGAUGUCUUUGCAUUCCGCCCACUCGCUCAGGAGGUCCGCAACACCCACAGCAUACGUAGAGAAGCUCUCCGGGCGGCAGGCAGACGAUCGGGAGGGGAUGGCCUCCGCCAGAUGGGUGACGCUGGCGCUGCUGCUGACCCUGCUGCUGCCCAGCACUCGCGGCCUGCAGUACCAGCACGACGAGCUGCUGUGGACCAAGCAGAACUGGCAGGACUACACGCUUCACUUCCCCUGGUCGGCGGCGCUCAAGCAGCGGGACGCCGAGAGCACGCGCCAGCUGCAGGGCCCUCUGGAGGGCUUCUCCUCCAACUCCCUCAACGGCCCUCUGCUGGACGCAGAGGAAAUCGCCAGGCGGGUGGCGGAGGAUGCCAGCAGGCAAGGCCAGCUGCGGGACCAAGGAGGGCCGGUGCUGCAGCAGAGCAGCCUCGACGUGUCUCUGCUGGACGAAGAGGCCAACCUGGAUGCGGCGGCUGGCGUGGCGCAGUGCAAGGUGUGCGGCGUGCUGGUGCAGCUGCUGUGGGAGGGUCUGACGCGGUGGGUCACCCGGCACCACCAGGUGCCCAACAGGAAGCACAUUGCAGCCUAUGCCGAGGAGCUCUGUGAGAUUGAGGUCACCAACGAGCUGCUCAAGGGCUGGGUGCUGCUGCGGGCGCGGGUGCAGCAGGGGGAGGGGCUGCCCUUUGCCCUGGAGGGGCAGACCCAGGAGUUUUACAUGCUCAGCCAGCGAGCCAAGCAGCACGCCACCCCUUCCGAGAUACAGGCGGUACGCAAGGCCUGCCUGAAGCUGCUGAAGGAGGAUGAGGCGGGCAAGGAGAAGCCGCAGGUGCUGCACCAGGCCAGCACGCUGGUACACAAGUACUACCAGCUGAUGGUACAGGCAACCAACCGCUGGGCCGACGCCAAGCAGCGGCCAGAGGCGGUGGAGGCGGUGGAUGACGGUCCCCGGGCGCAGCGCAAGUGCUUCGACCGCCACCCGCAGUGCGUCCUGUGGCGGGAAAAGGGCGAGUGCGAGGGCAACCCAAAAUACAUGCUGGGAGACGAGGGCGCCAACAACGGCUGGUGCCGCGCCGCCUGCGGCCACUGCCCCGAGGAGGAGGAGGACCAGGAGAUGAGGCCCGUGGAUGUAGAGUACAUCAGGGGCGCGCAGGCCGACCUGCUGGCCGUGUUCCAGGCCAAGGCCUGCGUGUCUGCCGCGCCCUGCAAGUGGGCGGCGGGCGAGGGCAUGCAGCAGCUGCUGGCCAGCGCCAGAGCGGGGGCGGACAGAGGGGCGGCAGAGCUGAUGGAAUCUGCGGAGUUCAUCGGCGGCCCCGUGAUGAGCAGGCAGCAGCAGCUGGAGGCGUCGAUCGACCAGACGAGGCUGAAGGAGAGCAAGCCCAUGCUGGUGCGGGAACUCAACGACGCCGUUGUGCCUGACCGGGGCAGGCCGCGGCGCAGCACACAGCCGCCCGAGCACUUCCUGACUGAGUCGGGCACCGUGCUGUGGCAGGAGCUGGGCGCCAAGUGCGUCUAUGUCUCCACGGGCUGGUGGAUGUACGAGAUCUGCUACAUGCACCACAUCACACAGUUCCACAUGACCGACAAGCACGACAUCGACUGGACCAUCUCUCUGGGCGCUUACGAGCCCGGCUCCGCCAACUGGACCCUCACCAACACCUCCCUGUCGGGCCUCUACCCACACUUCACCAAGGCGAGGCCCCGCGCAGCGCCCGCGCUGCAGCGUGCCUCCCCGCCUUCCCUUGCCGCUCCUGCUGCCAUCGCCACCACCCAGGCGUCCACCCGGCACCCCACACCACCAACUUUCCAGCCAGCUCUGGGCCCCAGCCUGGCACCUGAUUGGCUGUCCCGCCACCCCGCUGGUGCCGCACCGCAGGUGCCGUAUGCCUCCCAGACCUACAACAGCGGCAACCACUGUGACCUAGACCCAGAUGAGAGUGGCAAGCAGCGGUCGGUGCUGCGCAGCUCCGAGCUGCGCCUCAUGUGCAGCCCCGACGCCGACAUGCACAUCAUCGUGGUGGAGCCGCAGCAGUGCAGCUACGUGGUAGAGCUGUACGUGCCAGAGCUCUGCGCGCUGCCGGGAUUCCAGGUGGUGCUCCCCGACACGCUGGGCAGCCACAUCGGCUUUGCCACCAAGCCGCGGACGAGCGCCAAGGGCGCCAGGGGCGUCGCCAGCGCCGUUGCUGGCGGCGACGGCGAGGUCGAGGAGGAGGAGGGGGAGGAAGGGCUGGACCCAGUGUAUGCGCUGCCAGAGACGGAUGAGGACGAGUAUGCAGAUCCGGAUGACGAGGAGGAGGGGCAGCAGCAGGCCAAUGCGACGGCACACGAUGAGCUGUAG